CUCAUGGGAGGAAGGUGGCGUGCAGAGUGUUAUUUGUGUUCUUCCAAGGAUCAAAGCAUCAGCUGGAAGACAAAGAGGAUGGCUAUAACAGCACUCCGGAUGACUGAGAAUAACAAGCAACAUUGAAAAAGAAAGCCAAUCAAGCCAGAAAUCAAAGUUUUUUCCAUUUCCUUCAAAAACCACACAAUUCUUCUCUUUCCCGAGCAGGUGAUAGAGAAAAAAGAGAAAAUCAAGAAGAGAUUUUGAGCUGGACAAAGUAGUGUGUGUGGAAUUCAAGGAUACAUUACAUGAAAGAUCAAGGGAGAUUAUUUUUCCAUUCAAAAAAAGAGGGAAAUACCUGGAAGUCAGUGGGGAGGAAAUGAUCAAUUGGAUAGUGAUAUAGGACAGAGAAUAAUGCAGGCCUCGCUCUGGGAGGAAGAAAAUCGCCACUAAAUCAAAGCAUCACUAACCAAAGGAUCAUCCAUAUUUUUGACUUCCUCAGAAAUAUUGAUCGCCCAGGAAUUGGGUAGUCACAUAGUAUGCUGUGCCGCUCACGUACAGACACGUAACUCUGGUUUCGUGGGUUUUUUAAUAAUCCCCAGCAACUCCCUUCACCAAAACCCCAGAACAGUCCCAAUUAAGUCCAGCAACAAACAGACCAAUGCUAGUCUACAGUGCAACGGCCAAAGAGUACACAAGGCACCUGGACGUUUCCUCAUCAAAAUAAACCUACCAGGCAAAACUAAAUCCACAAUACAAGAGGAUUCACGAGGCAAGGAAUGUCCAGAGUUCACAAGGCACGAACAAAUGAAGGCAUGGUGUCAAUGUAAAGUGAGGCAAGAGUCACACCAACCAUAAAACACACAGCUAGUAAAUGAGGACGUUCCCAGCAUCGCUUCUCUCUUUGUGCUGUGCUAAUUAGCCAGCUUCCGUUGCAGCCCUUAAAGAAGGGCGAGGCUUUCCCCUCGCGAGUAAUCUGUCUGACCUCUGUUCCUGCCUUUUCUCUGCCUUGGAUUAGGGGCAGAAGGCAGUUCUUCCUCACUGACUGGCUGCAGCUGCAUGCUUUUCCUCAAGCAAAGCCUCAGGACUCCUGCUGCAGCUGUGCUUCAGCCAAAUCCUUGUCAGACAACUGACUGGAGCCAUUGAUCAACUCCCCUCCAGAUGUGCCCAGAAGUGGUUCAUCUUCCUCUGAACGGACAUCUGCAGAGUGAUCUGGGAAAGCAUCUGAAGGAGUCAUCACAGGCAGAUAAUAAUACAGGCCUCGAAUUGGGAGGAAGCAAACACCUGCAAUCAAAGCAAAACUAAACGGGAUCACACAUAUUUUUGACCUCCUCAAUAAUAUCAGAGGUGGAAAAGCUCCAUAGAUGUGCCUGUUGUGGGGAAAGCACAGAUUGCAAAUCACAACUGAUUAUGCAUAAGACGAUCCACGCUGGAAAAAAGCCAUAUUAAGGCUACGAAUGUGACAAAACCUUUUGUCAGAAUAGUUCUCUUGUAGUUCAUAGAAAGACCCAUAGAGGACAGAUGCCCUACUACUGCUCUCAAUGUGGUAAAUGCUUUCGCAAGCAUGGCAAUCUGGUGAUACAUCAGAGGACUCACACCAGGGAGAAACCAUGUGAGUGUACAGUUUGUGGAAAAAGAUUCAUUGCAGAUUCCCACCUGGUGAGACACCAGAGGACUCACACAGGAGAGAAACCAUAUGACUGUCCACAGUGUGGGAAAAGUUUCAGUCAGAAUUCCAACCUGGUGAACCACCAGAGGACUCACACAGGAGACAAACCCUUUGAAUGUCCUGAUUGUGUGAAACGUUUCAGUCAGAAUUCUGACCUGGUGAACCACCAGAGGACUCACAAAGGAGAGAAACCAUUUGAGUGUCCUCAGUGUGGGAAAAGUUUCAGUCAGAAUUCCAACCUGGUGAACCACCAGAGGACUCACACAGGAGAGAAACCCUUUGAAUGUCUUGAUUGUGGGAAAAGUUUUGGUUACCAUUCUAAUCUUGUGAUGCACCAGAGGAUUCACACAGGAGAGAAACCAUUUGAAUGUCUUGAUUGUGGGAAAAGUUUCCUUGCAAAUUCCCACCUGGUGAACCACCAGAGGACUCACACAGGAGAGAAACCAUAUGAGUGUCCCGACUGUGGGAAAUGUUUCAUUCAGUGUUCCAACCUGGUGAUACAUCAAAGGUCUCACACUGGAGAGAAGCCCUUUGAAUGUCCUGAUUGUGCAAAACGUUUCAGUCAGAAUUCCUACCUGGUGAGACACCAGAGGACUCACACAGGAGAGAAACCAUAUGAGUGUCCACAGUGUGGGAAAAGUUUCAGUCAGAAUUCCAACCUGGUGAACCACCAGAGGACUCACACAGGAAAGAAACCUUAUGAGUGUCCAGUUUGUGGAAGAAGUUUCAUUUCAAAUUCCCACCUGGUGAAACACCAGAGGACUCACACAGGAGAGAAACCAUAUGAGUGUCCACAGUGUGGGAAAAGUUUCAGUCAGAAUUCCAACCUGAUGAAUCACCAGAGCACUCACACAGGAGAGAAACCCUUUGAAUGUCUUGAUUGUGGGAAAAGUUUCAUUCAGAAUUCACACUUGGUGAGACACCAGAGGACUCACACUGGAGAGAAACCCUUUGAAUGUCCUGACUGUGGGAAAUGUUUCAUUCAGUAUUCCAACAUGGUGAUACAUCAAAGGUCUCACACUGGAGAGAAGCCCUUUGAAUGUCCUGAAUGUGGGAAAGGUUUCAGUCUCAAUUCCAGUCUAGUAAUACACCAGAGGACUCACACUGGAGAGAAACCCUUUGAAUGUCCCGACUGUGGGAAAUGUUUCAUUCAGUAUUCCAACCUGGUGACACAUCAAAGGACUCACACCGGAGAGAAGCCCUUUGAAUGUCCUGAAUGUGGGAAAACUUUCAUUCAGAAUUCACACUUGGUGAGACACCAGAGGACUCACACUGGAGAGAAACCCUUUGAAUGUCCUGACUGUGGGAAAUGUUUCAUUCAGUAUUCCAACCUGGUGAUACAUCAAAGGUCUCACACCGGAGAGAAGCCCUUUGAAUGUCCUGAAUGUGGGAAAAGUUUCAUUCAGAAUUCACACUUGGUGAGACACCAGAGGACUCACACAGGAGAGAAACCGUAUGAAUGCCCAGAGUGUAAGAAAAGUUUCAGUUACUCUUCUGUGCUUGUGAAACACCGGAGGACACAUACAGGAGAGAAACUAUGAAAGGAUCCAGAUUGUGGGAAUGAUUUCCAUAUCAGG